UAUUAUUGUCAAAAGUGCGUAAACGUAAAAGGAAAGUUAGGUCUAUGUGGAUGUGUGAUUAUUUGAAAAGGAGUAAUAAUGGUAUUUUGAACAAUUUGGAACUGAAUGAAAGUUUUCUAUUCAAAAAUUUUACCAGAAUGAGUAGAGAAAACUUUUAUAACCUUUUAGAAUUAGUCAGAGCAAAAAUAGAGAAGAAAAAUACUACCUUCAGAGAAGCUGUUCCUCCUGAGAUCAGACUAGCGAUAUGUCUGAGAUAUUUAGCAACAGGUGACUCAUUUGCAUCUUUGAUGUACCUGUUCAAAGUAUCUAAGCCAUUGAUUUCGUCGAUGAUGCCAGGGGUCUUAAAGGCAAUAAUUGAAGCACUCCAAGAUUUUUUCAAGCUCCCUGCGAACGAGGACGAAUGGAAAUUAGUUUCCCAUGAUUUUAAUGAAGUUUGGAAUUAUCCACAUUGCAUUGGGGCCUUGGAUGGCAAACAUGUCCAAAUACAACGUCCGGAAAAUACUGUUGCUGAGUAUUACAAUUCAACAAUUGUCUUCCCCAAUUUCAACUUCUUCGGUGAUCGUAUCCUCUAAGGAGUCCUUCGUCGUUCUUGGAGUGAUUGAGUCUCCGAGAAAUAACAAGUGCUUGUAGGCAAACCAGGAACUUUGAUAUACGUCAUCAGCACUGGAACCACUUUUUCUUUGCGACAUUUUCUGUUGUUCUUUUGAAAAAUAUGAACGAAGGUUUUUAAUUUUGGAUUUAACACCUUUUUCACUCAUUUUUUACUUCUCACCUAGUGCAUGGUAAGCGUCAUUGCGUUUGUUUUUAUUGGUGUAACACUUGUCCUUUAUGUCCCACAAUACACUAUAGUGUCUGUAGUCUUCUAUAAAAUCAACAGUUUGUUUAUCUGAAGACAUCCUGUAAUAUAUAAACAAAACUAACAAAUAACAACUGUAAUAAUAAAUAUAUGCAGCACGGUUUGACGCACGAAUAUCCAAAAUUAUGGAACUGCUUGCUUUGCAGCACGCGAUUCAGAAAGAAGACUGUUUUCCCGGAAAACAAGCACUCUUCUCCGCAUGCGUCACGUGCGCUAGCGCAUGCGCUGUGCAGCAUGCCUCAAACGCACGCAAAAUCGCACAAGUGU